GAGAACGAUAGAAUCUUCAAACAUGAUGCCAGCCAAUAUUCCUGCCUCCUUGAUAUUUGCUACUCAAAUAUAUAGUGCCUAUGCUUGGGGCAAUCUAGGACAUGAGACUGUCGCCUACAUUGCUCAAAACUUUGUCAAGUCCUCUACCGAAUCUUAUUUUCAAGAUUUACUCGGAGAUUCCUCAUCUUCUUACCUUGCUAGUGUUUCCACUUGGGCCGACACCUACAAACACACUUCCGAGGGAUCUUUCUCAAGGCCUUUUCAUUAUAUUGACGCCCACGACGAUCCUCCGACAACUUGCAAUGUAGACUACAACCGUGAUUGUGGUGAUUCCGGGUGUCUGGUCAGCGCUAUAGAGAAUUACACAAAUAUACUGCUAGAAAAAGAUCAUUCGACACCUCAGGCCGUCGAUGCUUUAAAAUUCAUCGUUCAUUUCCUCGGUGAUAUUCACCAACCUCUACACGAUGAGAGCUUGGACAAGGGCGGAAACGGAAUCAAUGUGACAUACAAGAGGGCACAUACAAAUCUACAUCACAUCUGGGACACAAACAUGCCAGAAGAAGACGCUGGCGGCCACUCUCUCAGCACUGCCCAAAGUUGGGCCUCAAUACUCACUACUCGUAUCAAAUCAGGCCAAUAUUUUUCUAAUUCUUCUUCCUGGUUGGAUGGAAUUGACGUCGGUGAUCCUGUCAAUUCGGCCAUGACAUGGGCCAGGGAUGCCAACUCUUACGUGUGCAGUACCGUUCUUAAGCCAGGUCUUGAUUAUCUUGAAGCUACUGACCUAUCGAGUUCUUAUUAUAGCAACUCCAAACCUGUCUUUGAGGAACUUAUCGCUCGAGCAGGAUAUCGUUUAGCUGCGUGGCUUGAUGCCAUUGUUUUGAAGAAUGCAUAAUUUAGAUAUAAUGAAGGGCGCAAUCCGAUCUGGUACGAGGCUGGAAAUUCAUGUACGCCCAGACUACCUAGAACUAGCCAAGGGCUAGAUUGACUAAUUAUCAUUGCGAAGGGGACUUUAUCCCUUAUUAAUUGGGAUACUCGGUCGUUCAACUCGGGUGAGUAUGUGACUGUCUAGUACGACCAGAGCCUUGAAAUUUUGCGAAUAUUCG